AUGGCCAAGAAACGCAAGAACAAAGCCCUUGACCCUAACGAAGAACAAUAUGAGAGCUCAAAGAAGGCACGGGUUACGGAGACACCCAUGCCUAAGGGCGUUCAUCACUAUGAGACUAUAGAAGAAGUGCCAUGGGAUCUGCAAAAAUAUUGGCAUCAGGGAUACUCCAUCUUCUCGAAAUACGACGAUGGUAUCUGGAUGACUGACGACGCUUGGUAUGGUGUCACCCAUGAAUCUGUGGCUAAGACCAUUGCCCAACAUGCGGCAGAAAUAAGGCCAGGAUCCAAAUCAAUCAUCAUAGAUGCAUUCUGCGGUGUUGGGGGAAACACUAUUGCAUUUGCCUUAUCUGGGAACUGGAAGCGCGUCUAUGCAAUCGAAAAAGAUGCUGCUACCUUGGCAUGUGCGAAACACAAUGCUGAAAUUUAUGGUGUAUCUGACAGGAUCACCUGGUUUCAUGGUGACUGUUUUGAAAUCCUAGGCGCUGUCCAGAAAGAAGGCGUCACAGUUGAUGCCCUCAAGGCUAUUGCAGGCCAAUUUGGGGUGAUAUUUGCAAGCCCACCCUGGGGAGGCCCUGGAUACCGAGACGCCGGAAUAUUUAACCUGGAGUCAAUGGAGCCGUACAGUUUCCAGUAUCUCUACGAGUCGUUCAACAAGGUGACGUCGGACAUGAUACUAUAUCUUCCUAGAACGAGUGACCUGUGCCAAAUCGCUAGGACCCUUGAUGGCCGGACAGACUCAAACAUGAAGACAGAGGUGGUGCAUUACUGUACCAAUGGAAGCAGCAGGGCACUCUGCGUGUAUAUUGGAAAUUGGGCGCGGUUGAUUUUAUAG